AACCCACAGUGCGCAACAGAGCCAAUUUUGGUCUGCUGGGGUCUUAAUAAAAGGAGCAGCGACGAGACAGGUAAUGAGAACGGUGGGGAAAGUGAGGCAACGGAAAGAGCAAAUGAGCGAGCGAGGAGAGAAAGAGAGAGAGGGAGAGGUAGAGCGCAGCGCACACUGCAGAUCCUCGCCCACUGUCGCUUCUCCGCCAGCAGAGGAGACAACAGCGCAGGAGGGAGGAUGCCAUGGAGGAGCCUCUCUGGAGCCUCCGACAGCAACUCUCCCACUGACCACCUCCUGCUCCAUCCUCCUUCUCUAUCCUCCCAUCACUCUUCUCCAAGCGUGGGUCUUUCAACUGCCUCAAAGUGAACAACGCUCUACUUCUUGCCACCUCUCUUCAGGACUACUAUUUCUUCCCUCCGAUUUUCCUCGGCUGACCUCUCCGAGCUUAGUGGAUUUACUUUUGUUUUUUUCCCCCCUCUCCCGGACCAUGGGGUGGCGGCGGAGGGGCGGCCGGCACCUCCCGGUGUCAAUGCUGCUUCUGCUGGGCUGCGUUUUCCGCCGGGAUCUCGCGCAGACAGAUGACAGCGGGAAGUCCGUUUACUUCUGGGAAACAGGUCCUUGGGGGAGAUGCAUGGGCAGCGACUGCGGCCCGGGUGGCAGCCAGAGCCGGGCGGUGUGGUGCGCCCACGUGGACGGCUGGACCACGCUUCACACCAACUGUGAUCAGUCGCUGCGCCCGUCCAACCAGAGGAAUUGCUUCCGCGUCUGCGACUGGCACAAGGACUUAUAUGACUGGCGCCUGGGCCCCUGGAACCCGUGCGUGUCCGUCUCCUCCAGGGCCUCGGGGGCCCCGCGGCCUUUCACAUGCAGCGGCGGCGAGGAGGGCAUCCAGACCCGGGAAGUGGGCUGCACGCUCAAAUCGGACGGCUCCCCCGCCGAGGACGCCAUCUGCGAGUACUUUGAACCGCAACCCCGCCUGGAGCAAGCCUGCCUGAUCCCGUGCCCUCAGGACUGCGUGGUUUCCGACUACUCCCCGUGGACGGCCUGCUCCAAAACCUGCGGAACCGGCUUGCGAAACCGCGUCCGUAGCGUCCUGGUCCCGCCGCUUUUUGGCGGAUCCGUCUGCCCCAAUCUUACGGAGUUCCAGUCGUGUAAAGUGGGGCCCUGUGCUGGGCCGGAGGGCAUGUACAGCCUGAGGGUGGGUGCCUGGACACCGUGCAUUCUGCCUCAGACGCGAACGACACGCCAGGCCAAGCGGCGCAAGGGGAAGGGCCAGGGGGACAAAGAUCCCGAAACCAGGGAACUUAUCCAGAAGAAACGCACCAGGAACCGGCUGAACCGGCAGGAGGGUUCCUCUUGGGACGUGCAAGUGGGAUACCAGACGCGAGACGUCACCUGCGUUCACAGGAAUAGCAGUGCCGUGGCACGCAACUUAUGUUCACCGAGGGAAGCGGCUCUGACCAUCCAAACGUGCGUGAUGCCCCGAGACUGCCAGCUGAGCGAAUGGAGUGACUGGUCGACCUGCUCCGAGGCCUGUUCCGACUCAGACUCGCCCGGUGGUCGACGACUGCGGCGCAGACGGGUGCUGCAAAUCCCAACGGGCGAGGGCGCCGAGUGCCCCGUGCUAGAGGAACGGGAGCCCUGCGAGCUGCAGGGUGACGCCGUCGUCCCCUGUGCUGUCUACACCUGGAGGACCACCGAGUGGUCCGACUGCCGGGUGGACUUGCUCUUAGGGCAGCAGGAUCGGCGCCGUGCAAAUCUGACCGGAUUGUGCGGCGGCGGUCUCCAGACCCGAGAGGUCUACUGUGUCCAAGCCAACGCCGAGCUCCUCAAGUACGUCAACAACUUCCAGGAGAAAGACAAAGCGGCACAACCCGUAGAGAACCGUCUAUGUCGGGGCCCCGUUCCUGAGCGGUCUCAGCUCUGCCAGGUGACCUGUCCCGUGGAGUGCCAGGUGUCACCCUGGGGCGCCUGGGGGCCGUGUACCUUCGAGAGUUGCGAUGAACAGUCGGCCAAGAAAGGUUUCAAAUUGAGGCGGCGUCAGAUCAGCAACGAACCAACCGGCGGCCCCGCCAACUGCCCCCACCUGGUGGAGGCGCUGCCUUGCGACCGGCCGGUUUGCUACGACUGGCGACCGGUCGGCCUGGACCGAUGCGAGCCCGCUGAUCGGAAGCCGUGCGGGCCCGGAACGCAGAUGGUUCGGGUUCAAUGCGUUGACAGUAACGGAAAUCCGGCGGACGAGCGUCUAUGCUCGUCACUGACACGUCCGGAUCCGUCCGAAUGUCAGGUGCCUUGCUCAAGGGACUGCGUGUUAAGCGAUUGGACAGUGUGGUCCAGCUGCUCGCAGACGUGCUCCAGCAAGACGGCGGAGGGCAAGCAGCUGAGGACACGAUCCAUUCUGGCCUACAACGCCGGCGAAGGUGGCGCCGUGUGCCCCAACAGCAGCUCCCUGCUGGAGGUUCGCAACUGCAACGAGCACGCCUGCACCGUCUACCACUGGCAGACGGGCCCCUGGGGGCCCUGCACCGAGGACCCCUCCGCCCCCAACGCCACCUCAGCAGGGGCGUCCGCCGGUCUCGCUGGCUGCUCCCAAGGUGUCCAAACCAGGAAGGUCAUGUGUGUGCGUGUCAACGUGGGACAGGUGCCCCCCAAAAAGUGUCCAGACGGUCCGCGUCCCAGCACAGUGCGUCCGUGCCAGCUGCCCUGCAGGAAGGAUUGCAUCAUGACCCCUUUCAGCGAGUGGACGCCGUGCCCUGCCGCCUGUGACGCAGCGGGCAAUGCCGUGAAGAGCAAACAAUACAGGAAGCGUUUGGUCAUCCAGGCGCCUUCCAACGGUGGUCAGGAUUGCCCGGAGGUGCUCGAGGAGGAGAGAGAAUGUCAGCCCCCAGAAACCUGUCCCGGAGUCAGGUGGAAGACUCACAAGUGGAGAAAGUGCCAGCUGGUUCCGUGGUUCCUCAGGCAGGACCGACCCGGCGCUCAGGAGAAUUGCGGGCCGGGACUUCAAACGCGAGCCGUGUCAUGUCGACGGCUGGACGGGACGCAGGUGGAUGUGGGCGAAUGUCUGCAGCUGGCCCGCAGCAUGCCCGCCCUCACCCAGCGCUGCCAGCUGCCCUGCCAGGAUGACUGCCAGCUCACCAACUGGUCCAAGUUCUCGUCCUGUUCCGCUGACUGCGUGGGGGUGCGCACCCGCAAGAGGGCCUUGAUUGGGAGAAGCAAGAAGAAGGACAAGUGCAAGAACACGCAGAUGUACCCCCUGAGCGAGACGCAGUACUGCCCGUGCGACAAGUACAACGCUCAGCCGGUGGGAAACUGGUCCGACUGCAUCCUGCCCGAGGGGGGCCGCGCCGACGGCUCCCUGGGCCUCAAGGUAUCGGCGGUCGACCUCAAGGAGUGCGGCCAGGGCUACCGCUACCAGGCCAUGGUCUGCUACGACCAGGAUGGACGGCUGGUGGAGACGGCCAGAUGCAACAGUCACGGUUACAUUGAGGAGGCGUGCAUCAUCCCGUGUCCGUCCGACUGCAAGCUGAGCGAGUGGUCCAACUGGUCGCGCUGUAGCAAGUCGUGCGGCAGCGGCGUCAAAGUGCGCUCCAAGUGGCUGAGGGAGAAACCCUACAACGGGGGGAGGCCCUGUCCCAAGCUUGACCACGUCAACCAGGCUCAGGUGUAUGAGGUGGUGCCGUGCCGGAGCGACUGCAAUCAGUACGUGUGGGUGGCCGAGCCUUGGAGCGUGUGGAAGGUCAGCAACGUAGACCUGAAGGAGAACUGUGGAGAAGGCGUGCAGACCAGGAAAGUCAGGUGCAUGCUGAACACCAUCGACGGGCCAUCUGAGGCGGUGGAAGACUACUUGUGCGACCCCGAGGAAAUGCCCCUAGGUGCCCGUGAAAGUCGCCUGCCAUGCCCAGAAGACUGCGUCCUCAAUGACUGGGGUCCCUGGAGCCGCUGCAGCCUGCCAUGCACCAAAAGCAACGGUCGCGUACGUGCAGCCUACACGCUACGUUCCCCAAGUGCCGGAAGACUCUGCCCCGACACCACCGAAGAAGAACCCUGUGGCCUCAACCUGAACUGCUUUAACUACUUCUACAACAUUACUGACUGGAGCACCUGUCAGCUGAGUCCAAACGGCGUGUGCGGGCAAGGCAUUAAGACGCGCAUGCUGGACUGCGUCCGCAGCGACGGCAAAUCGGUAGACAUGAAGUUCUGCGAGGAGUUAAACUUGGAGAAAAAAUGGCAAAUGAACAUCUCCUGUGUGGUGGAAUGCCCUGUCAACUGCCAGCUGUCCGAGUGGUCCACAUGGUCCGAGUGCUCGCAGACCUGCGGUCUAGACGGCAAAAUGUGGCGUCAGAGAUCAGUGGUGCAGACCUCGCGGGGCGACGGUCGGCCAUGUUCAUCUGCGUUGGAGCAGUGGAAACCGUGUCCGGUGCGGCCGUGCUACCGAUGGCAGUAUAGCGCCUGGUCCGAGUGCCGCGUGGAGAGUGUGGUGUGUGGUCACGGCACACGCUACCGGAACCUGACCUGCUUCGUAUCGGACGGAGGCGAUCGCGACGAUGGCAGCCAAGUGGACGAGGAACUGUGCGGUGGUCUGGAGUUGUCCGUGGAUGGAGACAAGCGAAUCCGCCUGAAGGAAGCUUGCACACUACCCUGCCCCGGUGAAUGUUACCUGAUGGAGUGGUCCGACUGGAGCUCUUGCGUCAGCAUCUGCGUCAAAGAUGCCGGAGUCGACUUUGGUUCGGUUCGGGUGAGAUCACGAGCUGUGGUGGCCCAGGAGCCGGAGAACCUGCAGCUGUGUCCGGAUCAAGCAUGGGAGUCAGAACCUUGUUCAGGAGGCGAAUGUUUUGAGUACAAGUGGCUGAGCAGCUUUCGACCCAACACGUCACGACCGCUCAUCUGGUGUCAGCGCUCUGACGGACUCAACGUCAGCGGGGGUUGCCUUCCCACCACACCAGUGAUGGACGACAGCGCAUGCGACCCUCCCUGCGUUCCACCGACGUCUUACUGCAGCGAGGCGGGUAUGUGUAUGUGCGAGGAAGGCUAUACGGAGGUCUUGUCGAGCAGUGGGCUCCUGGACCAGUGCGCCCCCAUCCCCAUCUUGGAGAUCCCCACGGGGGGAGACAAGAAAGGGGACGUCAAGACCAGCCGUGCCAUAAACCCAACAUUGACCACCACCACGCAGCCCGGACGCUCGGGACGCACGUGGUACCUGCAGCCUUACGGACCAGACGGCAAAUUGAAGAUUUGGGUGUACGGCGUAGCGGCAGGCGCCUUCGUGCUGCUCAUCUUCAUCGUGUCCAUGAUCUACCUGGCUUGCAAGAAGCCAAAGCGAGUGGAGCGAGCGAGGCAGCAUCAGAACAACCGUCUCAAACCGCUGACGUUGGCCUACGACGGCGACACGGACAUGUAGUUUCCCGAUUUUUUUUUUUUUUUUUUUUAACAGCACGAAGGCGAGACAGCAAAUCCUCUUAGAGCACGUCUCUUUGUUUUCUAAAAGUGCUCUCCUCCUUCACAAUUUUUUUUUGCCUUCAUGACCUCUGCAGUGUUGAGUCAAAUGCCUUUUUCCUUACCCCCCCCCCACCCAACCAAGACUUUUUUUUUUCACGCUGAGCCGCAGCUGCCGGAGGCUUUACGGGAUAUGUCGCAUCCUCCUCCGUUGCCAAAAAAGAUGAUAAGGGAUGAACGUGAGGCAAAUCUCCAUAAAGGGGUUUAAAAUCGGCCCAAUCCUCGCGCCGGACAAAAGAGGGACGCCGCCACCGCUUGGUUGUUGUUGGAUCGGGGCGGCCGUCGCCAUGGAAACUGCUCCCGGCUCGGUAUCCGUCGCCGCUAACGUGCACUAUAUUAGUGCAGCAAAUGACUGCUGAUGCCAUAAAAGAGGAAAAGACAAAACAGUGUUAGGGACACACUGCAAUGAAAAAAAAAGUGUUGAUGGCAAAGUGGCGUUAACUCAUUGUCUGCCAUUGACGGUGGAAGACGUCCCAUCCGUUUGAACAUUCGUUCAUUCGCUGCCAGUCCUCCCGUUCAAAAUGCAUGAGACGUCAAUCAUCGUGAAUGAGAGCCAAUGGGUUAAUGUGCAUUUUGUUUAAAAAAAAAAAAAAAAUGGAACAUGGAUCUUUGAUUAUUAAAUUCUGCCAAAUAAAAUGUUUUUUUCCCCAAAAGGAAGAUUAAAAAUUAAAGAUUAACAAAUGUUAAAAUAAUAAUAUUAAUAAAAAUAAUGAGGAAUAAUUUUUCUCGUGAAAUCUCGCCCGAAAAAUUACAUUUUAUAUAAGGAUUUUUUUUUAACCCAACAUUUUUCAUGCAUUCCAGAAUAAGGUUUCAAAGUAUUUAAAAAAAAAAAAAAUACUGUUUUUUUUUUUUUUUUAAAGCAUAUUAACAUUAAUGAAAAAAGAAGAAACUAGAGGAAUACAUUUAAAGCAACACCAUAUUUGAUAGAGCAGGCACUCCCUUUUGCGUAUGAAACAAGUUAGUGAAAUACCUACUCUGACCUCUUUGACCUUUGACCCGAAAAUCCCCAAAUUUAAACACUUCUCCAUUUUAAUCUUACAAAUAUAUCCUGCAAGCAGUGUUGUUUUUGGCAGCCAUUUUAAUUUUCGUCCUAGUCUUAGUCUUUUGGACGAAAAUACUUAUAAGUCUUGAUCAUAUUUUAGUCAUUUUAAAAUGUGUUUGUCUUCGUCUAGUUUUAGUCGACAAUUCUCUAAAUGUUUUCAUCCAUAAAAUUCAAAAGUUUUAGUCCAUAAAUAAAUAAAUGAAUAAAAGGUUUCCACAAUUUCGAAUGAACAUGACAGACGAGCACCUACCUGUAGAAUCUACAAGGACAUCACCAUUUUCAUGAUGAUAAAAUAAGAAAAUAGCACAUUAUUUGCAAUUAAUUCAACUCACCUGGACGCCUCGAACUGCAUGUAAAAUGUUUUCCAAGAGUUUAAGAAGACACUGCGCUAAAUGCUAAUGCUAACGCAAGCGCUAUGCCAAUACGAAGGCUAGGCUAACGCUACAAAGUUUACUGUGUGAUGAUCACUCAGCACAGACCUUUAAAGACUAAAGCAACAUGUCAGAUCUAGCCAAGAUAAGAAACCAAAACUUACCAAGCAGCACCUGACAUGUUUCACAAAAUGAGCCUGGAAUGGGGUGAUGAGGAGGAGGUGCAGCACGUCACAUGAGUGACACGGCCAAACACUGCUAAAUGCGUUGUAACAACACAUACAAUAAGAAAAUAUCACAUAUUGUGAAUUUAUACCGGAAACUAUGGCGAAUUUUUAUCUCUUCUCGUCAGACGACAACUGGCAUCCAUCUCGUUAUGUUUUUGUCUCCCAAGACACCUUUUUUAGAGCGUCAUUGUCAUGAAAAAAAUGUUCAUUGACGAAAUGUUUUUGUUAUCGUCAUUGUUGACGAAAACAACACUGCCUGCAAGUUAAAUAAAAAUCCAUUUUUUCGUUCCUGAGUUAUUGCGAAACUCUGACCUGACCUGAAGUUUUCUGACUUCUGUGACCUUUGACCUACGUAAUUACCUCAAAAUUUAAUCAUCUCUCCAUUUCAUGUUUCAAACUUAGCCUGAUUUUUUUUUUUUUUUUUAACAAAAAAAAAAAAUUAGUAAAUAUCAAAAAUUCAACAAAUGGUUCGGUUUUUUGUUCUUUCCUGAAAAAUCUGAAAAAAUGACUUUUUGCGAAUGAAUUACUUCUUUUUUUUUCCCCUCUAAAAAUGCAACUAAUUAUUUUUAAAUAUGUGUGUUUUACUUAAAACAUGCCUAUGUUUCUACCAAACAAUAUUAAAAUAAAAAUAUAAAACUAAAAAUUCAACGAAUGGUUCAGUUUUUUGUUCUUUCCUGAAAAAUCCGAGAAAAUGACUUUGUGUUAAUGAAUUAUUUCUCUAAUUUCUUUUUCCCCUCUAAAAAUGCAACUAAUUAUCUUUAAAUAUGUGUGUUUUACUAAAAACAGGUAUUCAUCGUUUCUCCCAAAACAAAUACUAAAUUACUCCGGAAAUCUUUGUCCCUCAAAUUAUAAUUUUCCAUUCUGACACACACAAAAAACUUUCUCACAAUUAUUUUUUUUUCCUUUCAGUGUGACCCUAAUACUCAUUUGUAGAUAACAUCAUAUGUAUAGAUUUUUUUUAUUGCAAAAAAAAAGUACCUUUUGUCGUUUGUGGAGGUCAUCUAAUGUAUCAUGUGAAAGCUGAAACACGUAUUUCUCCUUUAUUUUAAAACACAGGAACUCUGACAUUUUGCUUGAGGCGGCCAUUUUGACACCAUUUCUGUAAGCUCUUCUAAGACAAUCUUGACGAUCUUCGAAAAUUCAGUCCCUGAAAUUGGUUCGACUUUGCAACAUAAAAUUCGGUAGGUGGCUUCUAUUAUGUGCCGACCCACAAAAAAGUCCAAAAAGCCAGAGGAAAUUUGCCAGUUCGCUUCGAAAUAACUUAUUUCACGGUAAUUUUUAAGAAAUUUAAAAAUAAACAACUUUUAGCUUAUAAAAAUUCAUACCCCCAUGCCAAUUUAACUUAGCAACAUGACAUUUGGCAGAUAUGUCUGUCGUGAGUAGACUCACAAAAACAGUCUCGGUAACGAAUAACCGAAAAGACACAGAAAGUCUGCCACUUUGGUUUGAAACAACCGUUUUAAGGUAUCAGUAUUUUCAAAAUAUUUUUAAAAAUUCAGCCACCGCAAAGCCAAUUCAACUUACCGACGUGAAAAUUGGUUGACAUGUCUGUCAUGAGAAGAUCCACAAAAAACUCCAUAACAAGUGUCUGAAAAGCCAUAGGAAGUCUGCCACUUUGAUUCAAAGUUACUGUUUAAGGGUAAUUUUUUAUCAGUAUUUAAAAAAAAAAAAAAUGUUAAAAAUUCAGCCCUCAAAGCCAAUUUAAAUUGGCAACAUGAAAUGUGGCUGAUGUGUCUGUCAUGAGUAGACGCACCAAAAAUUCUCAGUAACCAAUGUCGGAAAAGACAUAGUUAUAGACAUAGUUUAUUUCAGGUAGUCCCCGGGUUACGACGUACUCGAUUUACGCGAUUUUGACUUAGCAAGAUCUGAGUCUCGUCCACCAUUUUGUCUCCAGUCGUUUCUCUUUUUUCUUUGUUCAAAACGACACACAUUUUAACAAUAAAACAUUUGACACAACACAAUUAGAGGUCAAACAUCCAUCUAGUCCAGUGGUUCUUAACCUGGGUUCGAUCGAACCCCAGGGGUUCAGCGAAGAUAAAGAUAACGCAGAGCCCUAUUUUCGUACGCUGAUUAAAUGUAGGCAAAGUGGCUUUUUAAACCAGGUUUUGGACUGGUUUGCUCCCAAUUUACAGGUUUAGUCCAUUUCUUUUAACUGGUAGUCCUCGAACUGAUGGGAGUUGGAACUGGUUUGCUCAGUGGAAGGUUGACUCGCACUUGGUAAGAGGGAAUACAACAGACUAAUUGGCUCUGUGAUCUCAAAUUUUGACCUGUUAAUAAAACAUGCUUUCAAAAUGAGAAGAAUUUGGAACGGGAAUUUGCUAAAUUAUUAGCUUGUUAGUUUAGAUAUGGCGGAAAACACAGACAAGACUGAAAAAGCAGUUUCUGCUCUUGCACUCUUCUUUAAAAGAAGCUGCUGUAUUUUAAGCCAAAACAACUCUUAUGUUUGAUAGAACAAUAUGUCUAUAUGCUGCCAUAGUAGAUUCAUGGCGCACUAAGCUUCUGAACUAUUUUUAAUUUGUCCGUUUUACCCUGAAAACCCCCGUUUACAGACGUCGCGCAACCGCUUUUGUUUUAACCUAGCCAUAAAAAGAGGGUAAUUAUAUUUAUUAUUCAAAAUGUCUGUAAUUUUUGGUUUAGAAUCAUUUAUUGGUCUAAUAUUUAGUUUAAAAAAAUAUAUAUACUUUAAGGAAUUAUUCACUCGCAUAUUUUAAACUUUUAAACGAAUUACGUCACAAUGAAAAAUUUGGCGUCUGUAAAAAAGUCACGGAUAUCUAACUCAUAAAAAUUGCUUAAUUGUAUUUUUUUUUUGUUACUGUCGCAUUUUUCCCGAUAUGUUAGAUGAUAAAUAAUUGAUCCAAACAAAAAAAAAAUUUUUAAAUAACAUUUAAAAGGGUAACUAUAUGAAAAAGAAAA